GCGGAUAGCGCUCUCGCAAAGAUGGUGAAUGUUUCUAAAACCCGCCGGACUUUAUGCAAGAAGUGUGGCAAGCACCAACCCCACAAAGUGACACAGUACAAGAAAGGCAAAGAUUCUCUUUACGCCCAGGGAAAGCGGCGUUAUGACCGGAAGCAGAGUGGCUAUGGUGGGCAGACUAAGCUGAUCUUCUGGAAAAAGGCUAAAACUACAAAGAAGAUUGUGCUGAGGUUUGAAUGUGUUGAGCCCAACUGCAGAUCUCAGAGAAUGCUGGCUAUUAAGAGAUGCAAGCAUUUUGAACUGGGAGGAGAUAAGAAGAGAAAGGGCCAAGUGAUCCAGUUCUAAAUUUCAUAUUUUGUUAUGAAGACAAUAAAAUCUUGACGUUAUGUUCACUUCAAAAAAAAAAAAAAAAAGAAAGA